CCAGCCUCUGCUGCGGGGCUCGUCAGGACCCCCUCAGCCCAUCCCGCGGCCUCCGUCCACCACUCUCAUCCCAGACCAUAAACUGUGGAGAAGAGCAGGUCUCCAUGAAAUCCAGUGUUCCCUGCCUGUAGAAAACAGAAGAAUCUUUCUGAAUGAAUUAUCUGAGGUUCAUCCUACCGUGGUGCCUCAAAAUGAAGAUCUAGAUUUGUUUGUAGUUUGUAGCUUUUUGUUCAACCCAUCAUAAAGCCCUGAAAGCACUGAUUAUAUUUGGAACGUAGCACCCUUCAGAACAGCAAGGAACAGACCAAGCUGACACCCACAUAAUCCAGUGCAAGUUGAAGAGCAAGGCUUAGUAAAGCUUUACUUAUGAACCUGCCAUUCUGGAUACUCCAUCACACCAAAGUGAUUUUGCAAUACAGCCUCAGUGGAACAGCUGAAGCCUGAUGGGGAUGCUGAACUUGAGACAGUCCUUCAUCCCUAGUGAAGAUUCCUCUGUGCUGGCUUCAAACCCAUGAGAGCGACUGUAUGCAGGACCUUUUCCUGAUCAGUAUGAGCUGCCUACCUGCUAUAUAAUAAUGCGAGAAGGGUCUACUCCGUAGUCUUGUGCAGUCCUCAUGAAGUGGAUGGUGGCAGCAAGGCAAUCCUCAAACUGUGUUGGAUAUGGAUGCUCAGGAGCUAAGCGAUACCUAAACGGGAAUGAGAAGAAGGAAGAAAACAGGAAUCAUAAAUGACCAGAGAAAAAAUGUUUUAGGAGAUCCUAACAUCACAGAGGCAUCUCCAAAUUCAGAGUUAACACUGUCAUGAAGAAGAACAGAGAAUUUGGCCAGUGCAGUGGUGAAAGACUUGUGAGCAGAAACAUGAAGGAAUUCACUUUGGGACAACUUCUAACUUACAGUUAGGAACAACUGCUGUGAUGUGACAGAUCCUUGUUAUCAACAAAGAUCAUCCUGUGGGGUCGAACUGAGAAAUGCCUGAAGGAGACCACAGAGGAAAUCAGGAUGAUGGGGACAGAAUGUCACUAUUUCAUCUGUGAUGUAGGAAAUCGAGAGGAGGUCUAUCGGCAGGCCAAAGCUGUGCGGGAGAAGGUGGGUGAUAUCACUAUCCUGGUGAACAAUGCUGCUGUGGUCCAUGGGAAGAGCCUGAUGGACAGUGAUGAUGAUGCACUGCUCAAAUCACAACAUAUAAACACCCUGGGACAGUUCUGGACCACCAAAGCAUUCCUGCCAAGGAUGCUGGAGUUGCAGAAGGGACACAUUGUUUGCCUGAACUCUGUCCUGGCCUUGUCAGCCAUCCCUGGUGCCAUUGACUAUUGCACCUCCAAAGCCUCAUCCUUUGCAUUUAUGGAGAGCCUGACCUUAGGGCUGCUCGACUGCCCUGGAGUGAAUGCCACAACAGUCCUGCCCUUCCACACCAGCACAGAGAUGUUUCAGGGCAUGAGAAUCAGGUUCCCUAACCUUUUUCCUCCUCUCAAGCCAGAGACAGUGGCUAGGAGGACAGUAGAAGCAGUUCAGAUGAAUCAAGCCUUCCUGCUCCUUCCAUGGACAAUGCAUGUUCUUGUCAUCCUAAAGAGCAUUCUCCCUCAGGCAGCACUUGAAGAAAUCCACAAGUUUUCUGGGAGCUACACCUGCAUGAAUACUUUCAAAGGACGAACAUAGACUUAAUGGUGCAAGGACUGUUCUUCAGUGGAACCAGCACAAGCAUGAAAAUCCUGACAAGGCUGUGAAUCAGCAGUCUUGGCUUUCAGCCUGUUCAUGUGACUUGCGCUGCUCUGAGGCAACACAUUUCUUGCAGGUCAUAUCCAUAGUAACAUGACCUUUGCACAAGAUUGAAUAACUAGACUAUGGACCCUUGGAAAGAAAAACAAAAAGUGUGAAAUGUUUAUAUGAUGGUUAAUUCUUUAAAUUGUUAAAUCUACUCAUAGUUUUAAGAUGUAAUUUUUGUUCCUAAAGCGUCUGUAGGCUGUUUCAGCACAUCACACCCCAUGCAUUCUUUCUGCCCUCUUCAGAGGAACUGCAAUUACAAACUGCUUCUGGUUUCAUUUCAGCUUUUUCAAUGAGGAAUUUAAAAAAUACUUUGAAGAACUAAAAGUUAUGGACAUUUAAUGGAAGCUUCCUUCCUUUCCUUCACUUUACAUCCCUUCAUGAAGCUGUUCCCAAGUCACAUCAGGGAAGGAACAAACUGUGGGGCAAUGUUUCCUUUGAUAAGGGCCACCCAGGACUUCUGUCUGGAAGGACUGUGCUGGGCUCAGGAAAGCUGUCUUACUUCACCUGAGAAGGCUGGAGGGGAAUGCUCAGUCAAAAGAGCAGACAGUUUGAAUAGUGGAAGAUUCUUUCUGUCACUGAACUCAUCUAUGAAAUUUAAUUGUCUUUCUGGAUAUCUUUGUUCAUUUAUGAUAAAAUACAUACAUAUUUUCAGCUUUAAUCCCAGAUUGCCAGGUAGGCAGCAUCACACUGGGGAGGAACUAAAUCCAGUACUAAAACUAGAAUCUGCUUAUACAAACAUACAUUCACUGACCUAAUCCAUGCAGAAGAAAAUCCAUUGUUUGAAUCUGAGCAGUGAAGUAAGUUGAAUAAUGGUCUAAAACCAAAAGAGACAGUACUUUAGUCCUUAUGAAAUGUGAAGUUUGGAAGCACAGUUAGCAAAGACCUGAUUAAAUGCACAUUGAAUUCGACUGGGACUAUAUCCAUUGUUUGUUAGGGGCAUUGAGUCAGGCACGGAUCAGCCAGAAGUGAUAAAUACUGCUCGGACUGAAAUGCCAGAAGCAGCUAGACAUUAUUUAUUUUUGUGGUGAUACAUUCUCUUUGACAGCCUAGUAAGAGCAACACUGCAUUCCAUUGCCAGAUGCAGUGUGCAGCACUAGGCACAGUAAUGUAGCUGGAACACUGCUAAAAGAGGAAUUAAUAUAAUUGCAAUACAAGGAAGGAGCAAACCCAACUGGAGAACACCUGAAUGAGUGCCUCAAGGAAGGCCACCUGGUUAAAGGAAUGAAUUUAAGUCUCCUGAGCUGAAUUUCAAGCUUUUCUGUAAAUGUCCUCUGUAACCUGAGGCAAACUGCAUAAUUUCAAACCUGACCUGCAAAGCAGAUAUUUCUAGUGUGUCCCUACCUCAAAGUUGAAAGUCUGACUACCUAAAUGUUUGCUAAAACCUCAGCAAAUUCAAAUUGAACAUGCUCUAGAAAGGAAAAGUAUUUCUUCAUAAAGCCAGAGCUUAUAUACAGAAGUUUAGAAGAGGAAAACCCUCAUAUGCCUAAAUAUAUAAUUUCCUUUGAGAGACCUGAUUUACAGCAGAAAAGCUGUGAGCUGUAUUUGAAAUACUCCUUUGGUUCUGCCAUGGAGAAUGGAAGAUCAGUGAUUUAGGUACAAUGAUGUGAAUUGAAUGUUAAAAACUAGUAGCUACGUAUCUUCUUGAGCAGUUCAAGAGGAAGACAGCACCCAAGGUGCCACUGAUACAAGCCCUGCUGCUUGUGGGGGUGUUCUGAGGAGCUCUCCUGGCUGGGUCAGUGCUUCCCUUCUAAGUGCAGAACAUACAAGCUGUAGCACUGUGCUGGCUCUGGAAACAUUUCUUACAGUGGAGUUUUGUUUUGAAUUCCUAGAUGUCUGAGGCUCUCUGGAGAGGAUGAAAAGUAACUUUGAUCUGUGAUUUUGACACCCACCCUCAUAGACUCUUUCAGCUUUAUUUUUUGUCAAUUUUUUGAGAAGAAACCCAGUUCAUUGAAAACACAAGUGCAAUGAAGGGAGAACCCUUCAAGGAUCUGCCAGGAAUACUGAAGGUACCAUAUUUAUCACAAGGCACUUGGGAAGGGAUGAUCAGACAUACCUACUCUUCUGCACUCUGAUCCUUACUGGUUUCUCAUUAAUCACAAGUGUGCCAGACUUGUAGAUGCAAGAGCAAACAGAAUUGGUGAAAGAGGGUGAAGUCUUCCUUUAAUUAAACCUUUAUGCUGAGAUUCUAUUAUUUGAUAACAUCCUAAUGCAAAAGGGAGGUAAAAGCUGGUACACACACUGAAAUUAAGUCCCCACACAUUCCCAAAUCCUCAGAUGAAUCUGCUCUUUUCCUGUGCUGCAUAAGAGACAUUCCCUAUCAUCAGAGGUUGUCUUACAUACCAAGUGCUGUUGAUUUCUUUUUAAUGAAUAUAAACAAGUCAGAACAUAGCUGAGACUCUCAUCAUCUCACUCCUCUCAUGCACAUGCACACAAACUUCCCUCUCUCUUCCCCUCAGGGUCUCUGAGCGGACAGCAGGUCAAAUAGCAGUCACAGUGGGGGAGAGGUAUGCAGCAAACAGAAAAUAAUGAGGAAAACAUUGACUUUGCUUUUCAAAUAGUAAGGAAGAGUUGGGUAAGAGAAUUUCUUGUGAGUGUUGCAAGACAGAAUGCUCUUCAUUCAGUGAGCUACUUGCAAAUCUGGAUGCAUACAUUUGAAGACUUGAUUUUUAUAGAAAGGCUCCUCUGGAAUGCCUGCUGAGGUCUACUCUCCCCUUCACAUAAGGUUAGUAUUGGGUAAUCUCAAAGUGCUACAAAUGUCCACAAGCUUUGUUGAAGCCUAAGGCCUUCUCAGAGGAAUUUCCGCCCUUUGACUUACUUUAAUUUUGGUUUUCCCUGCUCUUUCCACUGCCUCCUGCUUUCCACUGCACUAGGUUUUUUCCCUUCUGUUUUCCUGUGUCAUCACUGCACUUCUCCAUGCCACCAUCUUGAAGCCAGAUGUCAUACAAAGACUCUGGAGUAAGUUGAAAUCCUUGUAUGUAUUUAUUAUCCUGUUGGAGGAGUCUAGGUGAAGCUGUAGGAACAUGUCACUUAAGUUUCAUAUGAAAUUAGUUUUACUUGCUCCAAUCUGUGAAGAAGUAGAAGACCUCUUACCAUCAUUUUUAUUCAGGAGAUUGUUGCUAGUUUAAGGUAUGAACUACAGAGAAAUGUUAGCUGUUUUGGGACAUACAUUCUCUUGAUUUCAGACACCAUGUUUUAAUGGGAGGAUUUUUAAGUUCCAGGUGCUUUCACAGGCUGGUGUUCAUACAAAGUGUUUUUCAGAAUCAGCGAGGCAGGGCAGGGAGAGAAGGAGUCCUAUGUAAGUAAAUCUGAUUCCUCAUGUGAGUAUGUAUUUUGGUUUUAAUGAGGAAAAGACAAAAAUCAUGUUCCCUUAUGCAACCUUGGUGAAAUUUAAAAGGCUCUUCCAGCCAUAUCCCUGCUGAUAGCUUGGUUUUAGCAGGAUGAAGAAAAGAAGGAAGCCCUGAAGACGGGAACUUCACAGAAAGUGCCUGGGCAAGCGAUUCUGAUGUUCGUAAAGAGGAACUUUGUACUUUCAUGUAAGGUGUUAAUAAGUGUGGGUGGGUAUGAUCCCAUCUCCUUUCAGACAACUCCCUGAACACUCCCACCUUCAGAUAUUAGCAGAUAGUGCUGCACUUGCCAAAUCUCAUAAAAACCCAGUCACAGACUCAGUACAGGCAAAGCAUGAAUGGGUGCAUUUCUAUUGAAGAGAAUAUGUCUGUUUGUAGCAGACAUUAAUGUGGACCCAUGCUUUCCUUGAGCUGAACUGCAGCUGUUGAGAAAAGAAUACAGAGUGACCUUGGAUCAUCUAUUUUGGUUUCAUGUUUUCACGUAGCUUUAAUAAACUUAAUCUUGGUGACAGCAACUUUUUUGACAACAACUUGUUCAUAAGUUUGGGGGUAAAGCAAGAGUAUGCCAAAUGUCAUCUUGCAUUUUUACCAACCAACCAACCGCCCCAAGAAUCAGAAUACUCUGCACUGGCUUUGUAUCGCUCACCUCCCUGGUGCUAAGAUCCUCCAAGCUUCUCACCCUGCUGGAGUUUGGAGACUGAGCAAAACCUGUCAGCCACAAGCAGCAGUUAAUUCUCUAGUCAACAGAAUCUUCUUUGCUAGAGUGCUUUUCUAAAGGAGGAUUUGAGAUGUGAAUAAUGACAGAUUUAGGAUUGCUGAGGCUUUCUGGCUCUCUCACAGGUUUCAGCAACUAACUUGGAGAUGACAUGAAGAAAAGCAGAACUUCAUCUUCUCCCUGCUAGUCAUUCUCCUUUAUCCACUGUUUCCUACAAGAAGCUGGCAAUUUGGUCACUUUUCUGACUGAUAAACUGCCCCUCUUCUCACCCUCUAAUUUACUAGAAUCACCUCAGUACCUUUCUUCAAUCCUCUCACGGAGUAGCAGCUUCAGCAGAAACAACCCUUUCUGUAUUCUUGAGGAGAGUCAGAUCAUCAAGGUAAUGUGUGAAGGAGACCAGGCUCUGCUUUGAUGGGUCUGAGCUACCCUAGCCUGUAGACUAUUUAUGGAUGACCUGAGUGCUGCCAGUACCAUGGCAGGUAGUGAGUUUCCUCUGCUUCUGUCAUCUUUCCUUGAAACAUAAUACCCUCUUUUGCUUCUGUAAGAGAUGCCUCUAAUGCUUUAGCAGAAACAGUGUGGACUGAGUACAACUGACAAGCCUAGACCUCUGAGGAAACAAUUUGUAUCUUCACACCCUUGGGGGCACAGAGUCCAAACUUAAUAGUUCUGUAUGCUCACCUUUGCUAUGGGCAUUGUCACAUACUAAUGCAGAAAAGAAACCCUGAGACAAAUGUAUAUGUUGAUUUGUGCAUAAAUCUAGAAAAGAACAGUUCCUCCUUAAACGAGAGAAGAACACUCCAGUUUGAGCUGAGCAUGAGUAAGCAUACAAGAAAACCAAAUAGAGGAUAGAUACAAUUCUAGAGGGAGUGUGAUGGCCCUAAACAGACAGUGGUGAGACGCCACCUUGUAUUCCUGAAGUUAGCUAACACUAAAGGCAUGUGAUUUCCAUCCAAACACAAAGUCUAUAAAAGCGGCACGUUGUUACUCUUCAUUCUUACAGGUCAUCAUGCCCUAAAAAGCAGUUCAUUAGCUUCGUAGCCAGUUACUGUUUGCUCUCUUGUGCCAUCCAUCAUGCCCAGGUAUUACAAGGACAUGCGGUUCUCUGGCUUUUGUUAAUACUCAUUCUAACCACAUGCUCCCAAGUAGAUGUGGUUCAGUUUCCUGUUUUUUUUUCUUAUUCAAAAGCAUUUUUUUAAUUCAAGUUUUAUUAAUCUGAAAGAGUUGCCUCUGUGUUGUUCAGGCUUUUCACAGACAAGCAUCCUAGGCAUGAAUUUUCUCUGUCUAUGUUAAUCAAAUGAUAAUGAAAAGAAUACAAAAGUGAAAAGUUGUUGUUUGACAUCUUCCCCAAGCAUUCUCAUUCCCAAAGCCAUGUGGAAUUAUUGGAAGGAAAUAACUGUUGGAAUAUCAAUGCCUUAAAUCUGGACAUGUCAGAAGCCUUCUGACUUCUGACUGAAAGUGACCCUGGCUUCUAAAAUUGACUACCUACAGAUCUUCUGAGGCAGUUUGCCACUGCUACUGGUUACCUGAUCAAACCCUAUUAAAGUACACUCAUACAGAGGAAGAGGGCAUGGAAAGCUGCAGUACGUAGAAGCAUGGAACAAAUGGAUUUAAACUUGUGGUCCCACAAGAUGCUUCUAAAAACACAGAUUAAAGAAUGAGAUGACAUGUGAUAGCCAGUAUAGAACCAAGUAUUGCACUGAGGUCAGGCACCUAAGGGUGUCUGAGAGUAGCCUACAUGACUUCCAGAAGCCCUGCCCUAGAUUUCAACCCUGACUAGAUCCUUCCCUUGAACCACUCUGUGCAAACACUGGGCAUUGUGAAUAUGUUAACCAAAAUGCUGCUUCAUCUUCCUUUUCAACAUCAGGCUUCUGCUUUGGGCAUUGCUCUUGAUCUGAUGAGCGUUCCUAGGUACUGCUCUGCCACAUUACACUGUUAACAUUAGCUGUAAGAAAAGGAGACAAUUCAUUGCCAUCUAUUCCAGACAAGUUAGUGCCUUUGUGCAGAGAAAUGACUGCAACAAGUGAAGGGGCGAUACUGUUUCUGGAAUAUUUUAGCUAUAUGAAAUAUCCUGUCACAUGAAAUUGGAGUUUAUAAUAAAAAGGGCUCAUCUCAGAAGAACAUAAACAGAAGAUGGAAAUGGUCAUAAUGGAAAACAAGUGAUAGUGCAACACACAGGUCCUCUUCCUUGAGCCUGCUGGGAAUGCUAAUUUCAUGCAGACAUGCCAUACUGAAGUCAGUUCCCUCACAUGGUCAUUACACCCCCUGCAACUCUGCAUGUUACAAGUAAGAGCAGAGGUGACAAGUCCCUGCUCACUCAACUGUUGAAUAUAGCAAAAUAAUUGCUUAUUUAAAAAAAAUCCAUCAGAGAACAGAGCAACUCUUCAAUCUCAGCCUUAGAAAAUGGAGAAAAUUUGCUCAGAUACCAGAAAGAGAAGCUACAGCAGCUCUUAGCUUAUUCCUUGAGUUCUUAGGCCAUAUUUUCCCUAUGGGAAAUAAUAAAUAAAGUGAGAAGAAUAUGAUUGACUCAAAUCAGCAACAGGAUUAAACAGGAUCACAAUUGUGAGCUAUUCCUUAGCUUUCUUUUCCCCAGCAACAAAAUACCUUGUGGUCUUCUCUGGAUUCCCACUAGGGCUGCAAAUUCAUGGAGAAUACUUGCAGAGCUGGGCAAUAGUUUGUCACUCUUUUAAGGGCUGUGCAAAAGGCAGCAGAGAGACACCGGCAAGCAACAGUGCAUGUGCUUUAGCAGCUGAAUAGUCUCUAACUUUCAGUAUUCUAAUAUUCUUGAAUAUUCAGUAUUAGUGAUCUGACAUGUUUCUCAACUGUAUGCUAUUGCAAAAAUCUCUCCUUCACCCACAUCAACUAUUAUAAUACCUUUGAACCCUAAAACAUUCAGCUUCUCUGUUGUCCUGUUGACGUAGCUGAGGUUUAACAUAGUGUGAGGUUAAACUCUGGAGUGUAACAUCAAAUGAAAUACAGUGUUGAAUUUCUUUAGGAAGCAUCUUGAUGCUGAAACAGACAAGUAAUGAAAACAAGAAGCGUUGAUGUCCUGCAGCAAAAGUUGCUAUAUAUAUCAAAACCCAAAGAAGUUGAGUACCAACAACUGUUUUUAAACAUUCAAUAGACUACUCAACUUGCAUCAUUACAGGGUUAUAGCACUGAGCCUUCUGACCUCCCUUUGACUGGUUUAAACAUAGAGUCGAUGCAUCUGCAUUCCAGUUAAAACCAGAUUUCCUAAUACACAUCCCCUCUGUUCAACCAAAUUAUAGAAUUGUAAGUUUACCUGUGUUAAAACUAUAAGUUGUUUUUCAGUUCAGGCAGUUACUCCUCACAGCUCUCAAUCCCUACAUCAAAUAAUAAAAUAAUCUUAAUUCUGUCAAACUCUUAAGCCCAGUAUUUAGGAGCACUGAGGCUUUCUGGCUGGAGAUGUCACAUUUUCUAUGAUGCAACCUGGUAGGUAGUGUUGCAAUCUUCAGUAUUUCCCUUUAAAACUUCUUCAUAUUGUCAGUCAGGUUUGCCAAUGGCUCCUCACAGCAUAGAAAAGACAAGUUAUAUCCUGUCUUCUUCAGUGAACUGAGUUCUUGUAAAUGAACUUCCAGAGGAGACAAGGCAUUUGUUCUUUUGAAUGAGCCACAGGAGCCAUGCUGAGUUUAUUUUAGCUGGGUUUAUAUUAGGUCUGAUUUUUGCUGAUUCCUUCAUUUUUCAGCAUUUUGGCUGUCUCUUCCAGUUGUUCCUGUUGGGGAAGACUGUGUUUUGAGAUUUUCUGAGCCAGAAUGCUAUUCAUGCAGGUUGUUCAUCCCUGUGCCUUCCCUCCAAGAAGUCUCUCACUUGUGUGUGCUGGUGUUCACACCUUCUCAUGCAUUAAUACUGCAAACUGCCCUAAGUAUCUUUGAGAUUAGCUUCCUUUAAAGCAUGAAGUGUACAAAAAUCCCAGCAAGCCAGCAUUACUUCUACCUAACAAGUUGAGAACUGCACAUUCUUUUUAAUACCUACAGGAUCUGAGUUUGAACUGGGAAGACUCUUACAUAGUGGCUGCCCAGAACAUCACUUUAUGGUUGAAGGGGGAAUCAUGAGCUAUAAUUCUCAAACCAUUAAAGCAGGAAGGUUUGCUGAAAUGGGCAGUAUCUGCAUGAAAAGUCCAGAGGGUGCAAAUGGUAUGUGUAAGUGCAACAUCUCUACUUUCUGUGACAAGGACUCAAACUGUAGAUCUACUGGCAUUUAUAGAUCCGUACUCAACAGAAAAUAAAGACACAUGAACCUUU